UUGAGCUCUUGAUGCGCGCGUUAGUCUCUCCAAGUUCAAAGAAAGCGAAGCUGACCCACAAUUGCACUCUUAUUUUCUCGAAUAUUUACGGGACGCGACGUAUACACUUUCUAAAAAAUAAUAAAAGUGACGGUUUCUAAGUUAGGUCUUUAACGAUGGGGCGAUUCUCGAAUUGUUGCCCACACGGGUUUCCCGGAUUUCGAGCCAAAUGGACCCCUCAUCAAGACUUGCAGAUGCAGGCGUUACCGAAGCCGAAAGAAGCAGAUGACACAGAUGGUGUCCCAUACAUCGACAAAGAGAAGGAGCCUGAUAUCCUCAUCAUCAGGGAGAUAGAUCCGUGCGUCAAUAUAAAUGGUCCGUUUCAUCACACCUCUAGGUAUGACCUGAUGACCCGCGAAUUCCAGCCACAAUUGGUCGUCCGGAGGGGUCAAAGUUUCCAGCUGGACAUCAAACUGAGCCGUCCCUACAACGAGGAGAAGGACGGGAUAUCGUUCAUAUUCACAGUGGACGAUGAAGAAAAGUCUUCCCACGGCAGUGGAACCAUGAUAGCCGUACCGCUGCUCAAAAAAGCAGACAGACACCUGCCGUGGAACGUCACAAUAGAUAAGAUCAACGAAAACGUAUUGACAGUUCAAGUGGCUUCAGCUCCGGACGCCGUGGUGGCCAAAUGGCGGAUGGAUGUAGACACCAAGAUAAUCAACGAUGGAGCUUACAGCUAUAGCUGGGAGACAAGAAUCUACAUCCUUUACAACCCUUGGUGCAAACACGACCAAGUCUACCUAAAAUCAGAAGAAUGGCGGGACGAAGCGGUUCUGAACGACGUAGGCCUUAUUUGGAGAGGCACGUACAACAGACUUAAACCAGUGAUUUGGAAAUACGAUCAGUUCGAGAAGGAUAUCUUGGAUUGCGCUCUUUACUUGAUGCACGUUGUAGGCAAGGUCAAAAGUAGUAACAGAUCAGAUCCAGUGAAAACUGCGAGGGCAUUAGCUGCCGCUGUUAACGCUGCUGACGACUUAGGGGCAGUUAUGGGGAACUGGUCUACCGAUCACAGUGGCGGAACAGCUCCAAUCAAGUGGAUUGGCAGCAUGGAGAUCUUGCAGAAGUACUACAAGAAGAAGAAACCCGUGAAAUACGGCCAGUGUUGGGUAUUUUCUGGAGUUCUAACAACAAUUUCCAGAGCUCUUGGAAUACCAGCCAGAACAAUCACCAACUACUCCUCAGCCCACGACACCCAAAAUUCCCUCACCGUGGACUAUUUCAUGGACGAAAACGGAUCGGUAAUGGAAGAGUUGAAUUCCGACUCCAUCUGGAACUUCCACGUGUGGAACGAGGUGUGGAUGCAGCGACCUGACUUGGGCAGCCACUAUGGAGGAUGGCAAGCCAUCGACGCCACCCCGCAGGAACUCAGCGAGGAUAUGUACAGAUGUGGACCGUCUUCCGUCGCCGCUGUUAAGCUGGCGGAGAUCUUGAGGCCUUACGACAGCAACUUUCUGUUCGCAGAAGUCAACGCUGACAAGAUUUUCUGGAGGUAUUCUGGUCCGACCCAGCCCCUGAAGCUACUGAGGAAAGACAUCUACGGCAUAGGAAAGCUGAUAUGCACCAAAGCACCGUCUAGAUUCGAAUUAGAAGACAUCACCUACACUUACAAACACCCAGAGAAGACGAACGAAGAACGCAGCACUAUGCUGAAAGCCCUCCAACAAUCCGAGAGCCUCUUCUCCAGGUACUACCUAAACGAAGAUUUCAACGACGUCCAUUUCAACUUCAAACUGAUGGACGACGUGAAGAUCGGGCAACCUUUCAGUGUAAUCUUGGAGAUGAAAAACCGAAGCAGCGCGAAGGAGUACAAGGUGACGGUUAUCCUGCGCGUGGAAGUGGUCACCUACACCGGCAAGGUAGGGGACAACGUGAAGAAGGAAACCUUCACUGUUUCGAUCAAACCGGAAGCUGUGGAGGAAGCGAAACUUUUAGUAACUUACGAGGAAUACGGGAAAAGGCUCAUAGAUCAGUGCGCUUUCAACGUGGCCUGUCUAGCCACCAUCGAGGCGACGAAAUUCGAGUACUACGCCCAGGACGACUUCAGGAUAAGGAAGCCCGAUAUCAAGAUCGUUCUUAGAGAGAAACCCGUGGAAGAUAAAGAGGUAACAGCUGAUAUAUCCGUGGAGAAUCCUCUUCCGGUUCCUUUGAAGAAAGGAGAGUUCACCGUGCAAGGGCCGGGAAUCGACGGCUCGAUUAAAGUUAAGGUUAAGAACGCGGUCCCUCCCGGCGAGAGAGCCAAGGGCGAGUUCAAGUUCACUCCACCGAGGACCGGAAGGCAUACCAUUGCGGCCAAGUUCGUUUCAAAGCAGAUGGACGACGUGGAUGGGUAUCUGACUAUCAUGGUGGAACCAAAGAAGGAGCAGAAUGGGCAAUAAUGUAAUUUGACUUGACAAAGCUUGAAAUAUCUUGGGAUUUAAUAUCACCUUCACAAGAGCUUAGACACAUCUUUAUUCCAUACUGUAUGACAGAAACAUAUUUAUACAUGAUUUUAAUGCAGAAACUGCUUUAUUGCAGUAUCAGGGCCGGUAAAAGAUUGCUAGGCAAGUUAUUUCUUACUGACAUAAACCGUCAGAACACAGAUUA